CUGCCUGCCUGGACCCAGCCGGUGAUCGUCCGACAGGUGGGCCCGGUUCGUCAUCUGCUCCGGCAAAAAGGUGACUACGGCAAAAAGCCUGCCUUCCAGCGAUCUCCGGCGGCGAGGCGCCGCGCCGGGGGAUGGGCCAGGAUGUGGUCGCGCACGUCUACGACGUCGCCACCGCCGGCUCCGACACCACCGUGCUCCACAUCAACCGCUUCUUCAAGGACGGCCUCGGCCUCGGCGGCAUCUUCCACACCGCCAUCCAGGUCUACGGUGAUGAAGAAUGGUCCUUUGGCUACUGCGAGCGUGGCACUGGGGUUUUUAGCUGCCCCCCAUGCAAAAAUCCCAUGUACACUUAUCGCGAGUCCAUAGUGCUGGGGAAGACUAACUGCUGUAUCCUCAAGGUAAAUCAGAUACUCAGGGAACUGAGCUGGGAGUGGCCUGGACAGUCAUAUGAACUCCUGUCAAGAAACUGCAAUCACUUCUGUAAUACCUUCUGCGAAAAACUUGAAGUGCCGAAACUUCCAGGUUGGGUCAAUCGCUUUGCAAAUGCGGGUGAUGCUGCUCUAGAUGUCGCUGAAACUACAGCAGUAAAGCUGAAACAAGCGAAAAAAGAGAUCGUGACUGCAUGCAAAGCAGCCUCAACAUUUUUGACUGGCACAUCGUCAAGCAGCUCAUCAAAUGCGGAGGAUAUGGGUGGGUCAACAUCGUCAGGAAAUUCUCUUUUUGAGGGGGCAUGGAUCAGAAGUAUCGUCGGUAUGACUAUAAAGCCGUCAAAGAGUCUAGUCUGUGUAGAUAGUUCAGAUAGUGACAGCUCUGAGAGUGAAUCCGUAUCAGAUGGCGAUCGGCCUAACAGCGAUGACAACGCUGAGCAACAAGCUAAAGGCGCAACACAGGAGCCAGGCACCAAAAAUGAGAAUAACAAACCACAGGGCCAUUCAUGAAGCUCACUCACACCAAUACUGCAGAGAGAGGAAAGACCUCUACCAUACUGCCGUUUUCUGAUAAACAGAUUACACAGGGAGGAAAACCUAGAGCAGAAACUAACUUUACAAUUUUGUCACGUUCAUUUCUGAUUGAGAGCUGGGAGCGGCGAAAGGGCCCUGAGGAGUGCGGAAGCAAUGGAGCGCACCACAAUGUGUGCAAUCUUGAGCUUAAUCUCUCCGCGCCGUGGGAGCGGGCGAACUCUCCUUUGCCUUUCAGCCCUGUAAACUCUGAUGAGACGAGUCGCGCUCGCUUUCUCUGCCAUCUUUGUCAAACGAAGGAGAUGUUUCUUCGUAGAGAGUAGUAGGAAGCAGACGGUGAAGGAAGAGAUGUAUGUUUGGGAGCUGGUUGCACUUAUGCUUAAUUUCGUGCUACUGUGGUCUAUUUAUAGAUGUCGAGGAGUUUAUCUGAACAUAAGACAUGACAGCUAAAUUCUUGUUUCUGUGUAGUAUCAACAGAAUGCUGUUCCUUAUAAUAACCCUGCAGUGUCUGUAGGUAUGAGAAACCUCUGCUGGCGUGUGUGUUUCAGUCAUGAUUGGUAUGUUUGUCCGUGUGCCCGAAUCUGCAAAUCUUUGACUUGUUGCUGUCCAUACGCGUCUCUUUGGAGCAGACACGUAUGCAUCCUAUGAGGAACAAAUGAUUGGCUUGAAAGGUAGUAGUAUGACAUUUGGCCCCUCACCUCUGAUGUCAUGUACUAUAUGUAUAUAUGUAUAUUCGAAAUGCAAGGAAUUGUUGCCAACCUGGUAGCUGAAUUGAGAACGAGAGCCAUGCCGGACAAGUGCCACCUGUGAGGCUGUGAUGUCAUGUGAAUGUAUCAGAAUCCUAGGCUUGUGGAGGAGCAGAGAAAUGAUGCCAGGCUGUGGUGCCCCCAGGGCUGAGUGCUUUGCCGCUGCACGGGAGAGACAGGCAUUUGGUUGGGAUUAUGCUUGUUGAUUGCUGGAGCGGUUACAAGAGGCCGUCUCCAUCUUGAGCGCUAAUCAUUUGCAUUAGUUUUGCCAUGAUCCUUGUGUCGUGUGGCAGUUGCAGACUUGCAGUCCUACCUUACCUGUGACAAGCUGAUUGGCCCUUGACUGCUUGACAGACUCUGGAUCCGAUGGAGAAGAUCAGAAGAAGUUUCCUGGAGACCUUUUGGUCUCUGUCUCUCCUUGUGGUGUUUCAGUAUCACGUCGUUUUCUGAAACCCAUUCAUUCAUAGACGUGUUUACAAUCUUCAUACAGCUGAAUGAUGCUGCAACA